AUGGUCCCACGAAUUGAGCAGAGCUCUCUGAAGCGCAGCAGGGCUACUGCCGACUCUGACUCGCAAGACCAAAAGAAGCCUAGACGGUCCGAGAGAAUCAGUUCACAGCAGCAGUUGCAGACCCCUGUCAUACAGUCCUACCUCCCUACUCCUCUAACGCACCAUGACUCUACGGCUACGGACCUACGAAACGAGGUGACAGCUACUCCGCCAAGCCAAGUUCGUCUGCGGUCACCUUCAAGUUCAGACAUCCAUCAGGCACCUUCAUCCCCUCCAGGAGAUACACAGGCUCUCUCGCAGUUUGUUUACCCUCCCAGAGCAUUCGCCGACGAGGUUGAAGAUGAAGCUGCCGAGGGGGUCUGGGGCUACUUAAUCCCACUUGACGAUAAGGUCCGGGAUGCUCUUGUGCUUCGAAAACGCGAUGGUUGUUUGGACACUGGGUCGAAGUCUAUUUCCCAAAAAGGGUCUCGGAAGCAGUUCAAGAAUUCAACCCAUCGACGCCCUGGGGGAUACCUGAUUGGACGACACCCCGAAUGUGAUCUGGCUCUCAAUAUCCCGACCGUGUCCAACCGCCAUUUUCUGGUGUUUCCGGAGAACAGAAGGGGCGACACGGUGGCUAUCCUCGAGGAUUUGUCAAGUAAUGGCACGUUUAUCAACGAUGCGAUCGUUGGUCGAAACAAACAUCGCGAACUGGAGGACGGUGAUGAGGUGACUAUCUUGGACGAGGUGCGAUUCGUCUUCAGGGCUCCUCGAACAAAAAAUAUCAAUGGUUUUCGGCAGCAAUAUCGUGUCUUGCAGCAGCUUGGAAAGGGGCAUUUUGCAACGGUCUACCUCUGUGUGGAGCGCACUACUGGAACCCAAUUUGCGGUAAAGGUGUUCGAAAAACGGACGGGUGAUUCGCAAAAGUCUCAAAACGACUCGUUGAUGCAAGAAAUUGGCCUCCUAAUGAGCGUUAGUCACCGGAACCUGCUCUGUCUCAGGGAUACCUUUGACGAAAGCGACGGGGUAUAUCUCGUUCUGGAACUUGCUCCAGAAGGUGAACUUUUCAACUUGAUCAUAAGCAAGCAAAAAUUUACAGAGAAUGAGACCCGCCACAUCUUCCUGCAACUUUUUGAGGGCCUAAAGUAUCUGCAUGACCGUGGAAUUGUUCAUCGAGAUAUUAAACCAGAGAACAUACUAGUCGCCGAUAACAAGCUGAAUGUAAAGCUUGGAGAUUUUGGUCUGGCUAAGAUAAUUGGUGAAGACUCAUUCACAACCACGCUCUGUGGUACACCAAGUUAUGUUGCUCCAGAAAUUCUCCAAGAAACCCGCCGUCGAAAAUACACCAAGGCCGUUGAUAUCUGGUCGCUUGGCGUUGUUCUCUACAUAUGCCUCUGUGGGUUUCCGCCAUUCUCCGACGAGCUCUACACACCAGAGAACCCUUACACGCUGGCUCAGCAGAUCAAACUAGGGCGUUUUGACUACCCAUCCCCGUAUUGGGAUUCCGUGGGAGACCCAGCCUUGGAUCUUAUUGACAGAAUGCUUACGGUCGACGUUGAGAAAAGAAUCACCGUGGACGACUGUCUUGAACAUCCGUGGCUCACAUGCCAGCACCCCAGCGUGGCUGAUAGUACAGACGGCCUCACCGGUGCGUUGGUGAACUUGGACUUCUCUAAGAGAAAGAUUGCACGGGAGCGGACGCUCCUUAGCAGCAUCAAUGACGUGCAUCUCAGUCAGCAAAAGACUCGAGGCAGUCAGGUAAAUAUGACAAGUACAGCAGGUCAGCGCAUGCACAACCAGAAAAAAGAUGAAGCCUCCCCUUAUGAGCAUAGUGGUCCUAAGGAUUUUGUCAACCUUGGGGAGCGCGGCGAUCCUGUUCUAUACGAAGAGGACCCGACAAGCCGGUACAAUUGA